AUGAGCGGCACUCCAGCGUCCAUUAAGACCCAUCAUCAGAAACCCGAGCAGGCGCACGAAUGGUUACAUCAGAACGGGAAAAAUUUUAGUGGGAUUGAGCAGAAGAUAGGCAUGAACGAUGAUGGAGGAGGAGGAGAGUACGCUGCGCCUAUGAUGACGGGAAGAAGAAAUAUCAAGAGGAGAGAGGUUGGCCCAUUGGAGAUUAUCUGCGGAUGGAUUGUUGAGCACCAGAUCGGCCUCUCUGUUAACCUCCUGGUUCUGCUCUCCCUUACUCACUUAUGCUUUCCUCGAGCUCGCCGACAUGCCCGCAAGUUCUUUGAACUCUCGUAUUACAAUCCAAGCUCAGGCGAAUAUCGGGCGGGGUGGAACGAUGCUUGGAUGGUGUCCUUUUGGAUUGUUGUCUUUACUGGUCUGCGCGCGGCGGUCAUGGAGUACAUAUUGACUCCGCUUGCGAAAAAAGGGGGCGCACAGGGUAAGAGGGAGCAGACCAGGUUCGCUGAACAGGCUUGGCUUUGGAUCUAUGCCUCAACUUUCUGGUGCCUGGGAGUAUACCUUCUGGCCAACUCCGACUACUUGUUCAACUUCAAGGAGCUUUGGACCAAUUGGCCAAACCGGGAGAUGGAUGGACUGCGAAAGUGGUAUAUCCUGGUCCAAUACUCGUUCUGGCUCCAGCAAAUCUUAAUAGUCAAUCUUGAGGAGAGGAGAAAGGACCAUUGGCAGAUGCUCGCACAUCACAUCGUUACAACGGCAUUGAUAUUCACAAGUUACGGUUAUCACCAAACCAAGGUAGCCAACUUGAUUCUCUGUACGAUGGACUCGGUGGACCUAGUCUUUCCUUUAGCGAAGUGCCUGAAGUACCUGGGCUACACCACCAUCUGUGACGUUCUAUUUGGGCUCUUCAUGACCAUCUGGUUCAUCACACGCCACAUAAUCUUCUGCAUGAUCUGCUACUCCGCCUGGGCCGACAUCCCCGCCACCAUCGCCUAUGGCUGCUACAGCGGCAAGAACGGGUCUAUUAAAGGGCCCUUCCCGCCUCCAGAUCACUUCACCCAUCUCAUAGACCCGUUCCGCAACCCCGAAGGCAUCGUAUGCUGGAACGACAAGAUCAAGUGGGGUUUUCUGAGCGCCCUCCUCUUCCUCCAAUUCCUAACCAUCGUCUGGUUCUCCAUGAUCGUCAAAGUAGCCAUCCGCGUGCUAAACGGUGGCGACGCUGAUGAUGUGAGGAGUGAUGAUGAAGUAGAUGAUGAAGAAGGUCUUCUGGACGAGAAGAUCACUUCUACCAUUGAGCACAUCGGUGAGAUGGAGCCACCGCCCUACGAGGAGGAAGUCGGCGUUGAGUCCAUCAACCUCAAUGGCCGGAAUUUCAGUCCGAGUAAGUACAAGAAAGGUCCUGGGAGCAGCGCGAGCGGGGUCAGUUUGCCGGGACACUCUGAUAGGAAGGAGCUGCUGGGCCGGAUUGGGUGCGAUAAAGGCGUUUGA